CCUACGUGCGAGUUCUAUUUGACACAGGUGAGUGUAUUUACAUAUACUAGGGUCCCUAACGAUGGCUUGUUAAACUGCAGACUCCGAUGGCAAAGACGACGCAGUAAGACUUUGAAGGGAGAUUUGAGCCAAAACAAAAUGAUAGGCGGUGGUCAGAAUGAAACGACAGCUACAGACGGUGUCGGCAACAAUCAGCCGCAAGACUCUGGAGCGGUGCGGAUUCCCAGUCAAGAUGAAGAGACACUGGGACUCGAUCCCACAACCUCACAGUUACAGGUGCCCUGUCACGAAUCUGAGAGCAGAUCUGUUGACGGAAGAAUGCAGAUCCCGAGUCAACAUGGAGGGACUGGGCUGGGACUAGAACCCGCGACCUCACAGUUACAGACUCCACGUCAAGGUGAAGCCACGCAGACCAGCAGCCUGUCUGAAGUGUCAGGCGCGCACAACACAGUCAUCCACGCCGGGCCGGGGUCUAACAUAUACCUGGGUCAUCCCGCUAGUGUAGAACGGGCUGGGUAUGGGACUGAGAACAUUACAGACGAUCCCAGCCAGCCACCUGUCGAAUAUUCGACGGAAACAGAACAAACUUUGACAACUUUUGAUACCGAGUUGGACCUGAGGCAAACAGAAAAACCGGCGAUAGCAGGCCCGGAGCCGGACCCCAACACUGACCCAUGGGUCCGCUGGACACCGGAAGGAAACAACCUCCACAUCCGGUUGCCAAAGGAGUUUUGCAGUCCCAGCAUCCAAUCAUCUGUCAGCCCGCGUUGCCAAGGUAACGAAGACACGCCCUGCUCCCGAUGUCCGGAGAGAGAAGCACAAAUAAAGACUCUACGCGACAGAGACUGGCACUUGGACAGAGAAAUCGCAUCUUUGAAAGAAAAACUUCAAAAGGCGACAAGCCACAGCGACAAAAUGGUUGAAGAGAGAAACAGCUACAUCUCAAAAUACAACCAACUCCACGACUCACAGAUAGAAAUAUACACUGAACUCGCUAGAGUUAAAGAGGAAAGAGACAGAUACAUUACGGAAAGCCAUCGGAUGAAGGAAGAGAUAGAGAAAUUUGAAAGUGUCCGUUCGAAAGGAAAAGAUGUUUCUGUGUCGAAGAGUUUUGAGGCGAGGCGCAAAAUAUCAGAACUCGAGGAAAACUUGAAGAGGUCGAAAGAUGAUACGAAGUUUUGGAGAGAGAAGUCGGAGGGACAGUCACGUGACUUGGUCAAAGUAAAGGCUCAUCAUGAAAAGAUCGUGAAGGGGUUACAGAAAGAGGUCAAUGACCUCCAGGGGAAGGUGGAGAGGUAUCAGCAGCAGGUGCAGCACCUGGAGGAACAGCUGGAGAAAAAUUCCGACAGUAAACUCAUGCGGGAAAAAGUGCAGUGUGAACUGGACCUGCAGCGAACCCGGGAUGAUCUGUUCAGGGCCGAGGCUGAGAUUAAAAGAAAGGAGACUGACCUGAACGGUAAGGGAAGAGCCCUCUCGCGGCUAGAGAGGAAACUGCAGCUAACCGAACACGAAAAGACCGCAGCAGACAACAAGGUACGCUCUCUGGAAGAAAGAGUCGACCGACAGGAAAAGAAGCUGCAGUACCUGGAGAGCCGCCAGAGGGAGCCAACAAGACGUGCAGGUGCCACUCCAGGGACCGCGACUGCCGGACAAAAUGCAAAAUUUACUCCCGGUCAGACUGGUCUAAGUCCCCGUCAGUCACUCAAUAGUAUUUCUGAGGACGACGAAAUGACGUCACCACCCGUGCUGAACCGUCGGAAGUCUUGCCCGGACAACAAGACACUCCGGAGGACACAUCGGCGGGAAACGCUCUGAUUGGUCACAUCAGGACGCUCCGGAGGACACAUCGGCGGGAAACGCUCUGAUUGGUCACAUCAGGACGCUCCGGAGGACACAUCGGUGGGAAACGCUCUGAUUGGUCACAUCAGGACGCUCCGGAGGACACAUCGGCGGGAAACGCUCUGAUUGGUCACAUCAGGACGCUCCUGUGGACAUAUCAACUGCAAAGGCUUUGAUUGGUUAUUUCUAAUUGAUAUAAUUUGGACGGUCCAGACAGUGUGUUUUUUUAAAACCCGGAUAUUAUUCUUGACUCAGAAAAACAGAUAUGAUAUAGCUAUUAAAAUAUCCUUUAUUGAACUUUUAUGC